UGCUCCAGCUCGAGGGGAGAGCCCGUUGUGUUAUCGUCGGGAUUAUCUAUCCAUGGAUUCUACACUGGUCAUCAUUAUUCACUACCGGUUUUGUCGUCAAAGUAAGUUUUACGUCCCCGGUAGACAAAUGCGUUGCUGUAACACUGACCACCUUACAUUGCGUUGUCUAGGAGACCGUAGCUCGCCGUAGCUGGGUGUGAAUGAAAUCAGCGUGCUGAAGGAGGGGACCGUGAAGAGCAUCUCCGGGAUUUCACCGUCGUACUCCCGCAGACCAGAGACCUCCUUUAUGCCUUGCAGGUGUAGAAUGCCAUCUCUGUCGGAGCAGCUGCAGGAGGUGCGGAGUCUGGCUGAAGUGUGUCUGUACUCUGGUGGCAAGGUGGUGGAGGUGCGGGUUGGGGUGAUGGCUAUGGCAAAUCUGCCCUUACCGCCCUGCUCCAAAUACUGCCACGUCGCCGCCGAGACCAUGGUCAUAGAAAACAGCUUUGGCAGCAACAGGAAGGAGACCCUUGCAUCUCUCCAGCGCUUGUCUACAGCAUUGAACAUCCUAGAAAAGUAUGGCUGUAAUUUGACAAACCCCAACAGGCCAAAGUACUGGAGAACUGUGAAACACAACAACCCAGUGUUCAGGGCCACCGUUGAUGCUAUUCAGGGAGGACGAGCAGUGCUCUGUCUCUAUGGUUACUCCAAUCAGCAGCCAGAUGGGCUCAGCUUCCCCGAUGAUGUCACAGAUCCUGAUGUGGGCCGAGUUGCUGCAGUAACACUCGAAGUGAUGAGUCUGAGGAUGGAACUAGAAAUGCUCAUUAAGGAUGCUCAUCCCCACCCUGAGUUCUAUGAGAGAAUCCUUCCUACGCUGAGACACAAGGAUGUGGGUCUCAACACUGACACUGUGGUCUGCCACUUCUCCUCCACUUCAUGCCGUUCAGACGGUCAGACCAAGUCUCUAGCCUUCCCCCUCCACCAUCACUCCUCCAGGGAGAACAGUCAUGGCCAGUCCCUGUCCCCAAACCACCAAAGUCUCAGGUCCAUUCAGGUCUUUCCCACUUCUUCAAAAAAACACCCAGAGAACUGCACCAUCUGUGGAAUAUUCCGUAUCUCUGCCCACUGCCUCACCUGCCUCCUGGGGCUCUGCUCCGAAUGUGACAGACUGUACCACUCCUACCCUGAGAGGGCCAACCACCGUCGCACAGCUGUCUCCUCAUCCUCAUCAUCAUCAUCCUCCAAAAACAGGAACAGUCAAGGGUCUUCCGCCUGGUGUUGCCUCCACUGCUCUAAAGUCAACUCCGUCCAGGAAGUGCUGUGUGAGGAGUGUGAGCGCCCUCGACUGGAAUUGAUCAGCUCUAAAGUAGACGAGACUCAGCCUGCCACCGUCACUGACUGGCAGUGUAAGAGCUGUACCAUGGUGAAUGCAGCCAGCAGUAUUCUGUGUGAAGUGUGUGAAAGACCUCGUUUGGCUACACGACCUCCAGUGACCCCGUCACACCCACCCAUCACCCCCCCCAGACCACCGGCACCAGUACUGGGCAUGCCCGGUGACCCUGACAGCCAGUGGGUGUGUCAGUUCUGUACCUAUCUGAACUACUCUCCAGCUACAGUGUGUGAGAUGUGUGACCUGGCUCGUCCAGAGCCCGCACCCCUGCCUGCGAAGCUCCGCCCUCCCUCCCCUGUCAGACGGGUCCCCGCCCUGCCAAUCAAACCCAAAGAGCCCGCUCCUGAAGACCUGGAUUCCUGGAGGCAGAGGCUCAUGAAGGAAGAGGGACUGAAGCUGAUCCAGCUGAUUAGAGACGGGGAGAAGAAAGGAGUGAGUCCAGAGGAGGUGUACACAAGCAUGAGGGUAGCAGGGGACAGCAGCAUUCUACCGUGCAAGUGGCUCAAGACAGAGCUUCCUCUGCUGUUAGACCAGAUCAGGACGUUGGUGGCAACAUCUUCCCUUCAGUCUGUUUCUGACAAGACUACAAUAGAGCGCACAAGCAGGUCAUGUAUAGCUCCUGCUGAGGAUGCUGGGAAAGAGGUGGGCCCUGCAGAAACUGAAAGUGGGGUCCAGUUGUCCAGAGUCGAGGCCAAGCAGGCGUGGCUGACAGCAGGGGGCGAAACCGAGAGAGCUGCCAGGCAAGCUCUGAGAGACAGACUCGCCAAGGUAAAGGAGCUGUGUGCGCUGGGCUUCAGCGACAAGGCUCGCUGUCAUGAGGUUCUGAGGCAGAGUGGCGGUGAGGUGAGAGGGGCCCUGGCCCUGCUGCAGCGACCCCUUCUGGAGCCCUUCCACAAGCACAUUUGGAGCGACAAGCCCGAGCCUCCUGUAGACAUCCAUCACCCUGACAAACAGCACAUAUGUCGGAGGUUACUAGCAGUGUACGAUCUUCCCAGCUGGGGUCGCUGUGAGCUGGCACUGUCGCUGCUUCUGGAGCACAGCGCACCUUACUCCCUGGAAGAUGUAGUGCAGGCUGUGCGAGAGUCCCACGACAGGGAGUUCAUCAAGAGAGUGCUGGCUAAAGAGUGUCCCAUCUGCCUCUCUGUCUUCCCCCACAGCAAGAUGCAGUCUCUGACGUCGUGUCAGUGUUCUGUGUGUUGUGGUUGUUUCCAGCAGCACUUCACCAUCGCUGUAAGGGACAAACACAUAAGAGACAUGGUGUGUCCAGUCUGCUGGGAGCCGGACAUCAACGACCCUGAACACCUCAACAGCUACUUCUCCACCCUGGACAUCCAGCUGCGAGAGUGUCUGGAGCCAGAAGUCUAUGAGCUGUUCCAUAAGAAGCUGACAGAGCAGGCUCUGAUCAAGGACCCCAAGUUCCUCUGGUGCUGUCAUUGUUCAUAUGGGUUCAUCUAUGAUGGAGACCAGCUUAAAGUCACCUGUUUUCAGUGCCGCAACAGUUUCUGUGCUCAGUGUAAAAAGCCUUGGGAGUCUCAGCAUGCAGGUCUGUCCUGUGAACAGUACCAGUUAUGGAAGAGGGAGAAUGAUCCAGAGUAUCAGAGACAGGGCCUGGCUGGAUACCUCCGAGACAACGGCAUCACCUGUCCUAACUGUCGCUUUCAGUACGCGCUGUCUAAAGGAGGCUGCAUGCAUUUCUGCUGCUCACAGUGUCGUUACCAGUUCUGCAGCGGCUGCAACAACCCGUUCCACACUACCUGUGCAGUGGACGAGUGCAGUGUGUCUGGAUUACAUGCCCACCAUCCCAGAGACUGCCUCUUCUAUCUGAGAGACUGGGAACCUUCCAGACUGCAGGCUUUACUGCAGAAUAACGGAGUGGCCUUCAACACUGAACCCCCCCCUGGAACACAGACAGGUCUGUGUGGAGUGAUAGAGCAGAAGGACGAGGGAGGGCAGCAGCCAGAUUCAGCUUGUGGAGCUCAGACCCAACAUGGGCAUGCUGGACUCUGCGAGAAGCAUUACCGGGAGUACCUGGUCAGCCUGAUCAACAGCCACUCGGUCGACCCGGCCCCCCUCUACAGCUCCAACGAGCUGCUGCUGGCCUGCAGGAGAUACAAGGUGGACGACAGCCGCAGGGACGGAGAGGACGGCUUCACCUACUUCAGCAGACUGCUCCAGAAACUGAUGGAUGAAGUACCACUUGGUGACAAGGUGCCACGCAAGAAAUAAUGAAUCACUUCCUGUUUCCUGCAGUGACCUUGUUGCCCUUUCAACUUAAAACUCAAAAUGGCAACAGUUUGCUUCAGGUUUUUGGAUCUGUAUAUGUUAACGUAUGUUCCAAUGAUAGGGUCGAUAAACAGGAUAGUCCGGCAGCCCAGAGCCUUUUGAUC